AUGGCUCUCGCAAGUUUACCAGUAUCAGUUAUUCAAGAGGCGAGGACAGUCAUUGAUGGUAGCAACUCCGAAUGUGAUUUAAACACCACUUUUGUUCGUCCAUCGGUUUCAAGCGCGCAAUUUUCAUCCCAACCAAAACUGGACGAUUGGCAGGUUAGUUGAUCUGUUUAAAUUAACGGGUAAAUUACCGCGUUACAAUAGAACACGAAUUCCUUUAGUUUGGUUAAGAAAUAUUCUCGCGACAGCAAGUUGCGAACCCAAGUUACUCGAGCCCACUCAUGCGUAACCCCUCACUCGAUUUUAGUUGAAUCAAUUUUUCUUGCGGAUUUUUUUAUUCAUAAACUGCGUGAAAAACUGCUCGUUAAAAAUUAAUGCGUUAUCACGAUGUGGACGAUGUUUGGACAGAACCGAUUAGACCCUGGCGAUACUCAGAAGUUUAAAUAAUUCAAUGAUCAGCACGCUUGUUACAAUAGAACGAGUUGUUUAUCGCACUGAUCAUUAAUUCCUCGCGUUAAGUUAUAACAUUCAUUUCUUGAAGUCAGUUACACUUCGGAUUGAACUUUUUGAUUUCUUAAAGUGUUGCGCACGAGAUUGAGCACUAAAAUAAGUAUUCAUUGGUGGUGGAAGUUGGACAAAAAACAUGGAAAUUGGUGGCUUAAGACGGUACACGCACCAGUGCGCCAUAUUUGACAACUCGAUAUGUGAACUCUGUUUCAUUGAUUCUAACCUUCCAUCUCUGUCUGUUGUUUUUCUUAGACUAUGUGGGAAAUGGAAAAAUACCUAGCCUCAUCUGCUUCGCCAUUAACCAUGAGCCCGCUCAUUUCAAGAAAAAGAAAAUUCCGCCGCGAGAGCGCCAACGUCGUCAAUGACUUUUUUACGUUCGAUGAUGAUUCGAACGAUGACUGUGUGAUUGUGGAGAAUAACAACAACUCUCACCCGCUACCGUUGGUGCCAGAGAAGGUUUUCGUCACAGAUGUGGACACAUUCACGCUUGCUCCAGCGUUUUCGACCACUUCAGCAAUCACAACCAUCAGCUCAGUGCCUGCUGUUAGUGGCAAUAUGGCCAUAACAAGUGACAAUCGACCACACUACCAUCAACUUAAAGUCGCUCAACCUCCACGCGACUACACUGUUAUUUACCCACCAACGCCACCGAAUUCUAACCCUGGAUCUCCAGAGAUGGUCACCCAACAGAUUUAUCUUGGACCCCUCGGCCCUCCACCGCCAUAUACCCCUCCAACAGUGAUCUUGCCUCAUCGAAGAGGCUCGCCCGAACUUCAACGUCGACGCAUUCACCAUUGCGAACAUCCAGGCUGUAAAAAAGUGUAUACGAAAAGUUCGCAUCUCAAGGCUCAUAUGAGAACACAUACGGGUGAAAAACCCUAUAAAUGUACCUGGGAAGGAUGCGAGUGGAGGUUUGCUCGGUCAGAUGAGCUGACAAGGCAUUUUAGAAAACACACGGGAGCCAAACCGUUUAAAUGUCAGUUCUGCGACAGAGCUUUCGCAAGAUCAGAUCAUCUGGCUUUGCACAUGAAAAGACAUCAGCCGCAGCAGCAGUCGUAA